AUGGCGGAGAACUCCGAGCCCCCUAAACGUCACAAGCUGGUCGGCGCGAAGAACUUCCAGAGGCAUAAUCCAAAUUCCGACCGCUUUCCCCUGCAUCGCUUCCAUCACGUGGAGUUCUGGUGCCACGAUGCGAUCACCACCGCGUCUAGGUUCGCGGUUGCGCUGGGUAUGCAGGUGGUCGCCAAAAGCGACAUGACCACGGGCAACUCGGUGUACGCCUCCUACGUCCUUCGGUCGAACGAUCUCGUGUUCGUGUUCAGCGCCCCGUACGGCGGAGGCGAGGAGCAGACCGCCGAGGACAUCGACAAGAGAAGGGCGAACAUGCCGCACAGCUGUUACGACGGGGAGAACAUGACUCGCUUCAUCACGAAGCACGGCCUGGCGGUCAAGGCUGUCGGUGUGGUUGUGGACGACGCGGAGGAGGCCCAUCGCGCAUCUUUGAAACACGGCGCGAGGAACGCGGCGUACGACGCCGGGGACGGGACGAAACCCGCGGAGGGAAUCUCCGAGGUGGAGCUGUACGGUGACGUGGUCAUGCGCUUCGUCAGCGAGAGCGUCGUGUCGCGCGGUCCCUUUUGCCUUCCGCGAUACGAGCCCGUCCCGAUCGAGCCGGCGGGUUCCGAGCCGCUGUGCUACGGCUUGCGUCGACUGGACCACGCGGUGGGUAACGUGCACGACCUGCUGGAGACUGUCGAUUACAUCUCGAACUUCACGGGGAUGCACGAAUUUGCGGAGUUCACCGCGGAGGACGUCGGUACCGUGGACAGUGGCCUCAACUCGAUGGUGCUGGCGAACAACAGCGAGUACGUCCUGCUCCCAGUGAACGAGCCAACGUUUGGGACAAAGCGAAAGAGCCAGAUCCAGACCUACCUUGAGCAGAACAAGGGUCCCGGUCUGCAGCACCUGGCUCUUAAGACGGACAACAUCUUCGAUACUGUUCGAAAGAUGCGCGCGCAUGGCGGUUUUCGCGGUGGUUUCGAGUUUCAGAAGCCGGCGUCGGAGGGGUACUACCGGGAACUGCCAAAGAGAGUGGGCGCUAACGCACUGUCUCCGGAACAGUUCAAGGAGGUGGAGGAGCUGGGCCUUCUAGUGGACAAGGACGACCAGGGCGUGUUGAUCCAGGUAUUCACGAAGCCGGUGGGAGACAGGCCGACGGUGUUCAUCGAAAUUAUCCAGAGGAUCGGCUGCAUGCGGGAGGUGGGUGGCGAGGAAGCCAAGGAGAAAAAGAUGGAGCAGGCGGCUGGAUGCGGCGGGUUCGGCAAGGGGAACUUCUCAGAGCUCUUCAAGUCGAUCGAGAACUUCGAGCGCACGCUCAAGGUACCGUAA